UCAACAUCACAUAGAAUUUUACAGAGACAAAAUGCAGACUCCAGCACCCUCUCCUCUGGACAGCUCCAAAGAGACUGCCUGCCCUGCACAGCCUCCUGCCCAGCUGCUGACCUCUUACUUCAUUGACAGCAUUCUAGGAGUAUCCCAAAGUUCAGGAGACAAGAAGAGACCCCCUGAGGACCACUCAACUUCACCACCAAAUGCUGGUAAAAAAGCUAUUGUAUCCUCCCCUGUGAUCGUAUACAACCUUGGUCCCCAUGUCAAAGUCAAGGAAAAGGAAAUAACAUCAACUGAACCGGCCAAUGGGGACAACAGGGCCACAUAUGUGCCAAAGAAUAGUAAAGACAUUGAUAGCAAAGAGCAAGCUGAAAACCAGCAGAACAUUGAGGUUGAAUCUGUAGUCAUAGGAAAAAGGAAGCAGCGCCGCUACCGCACUACCUUCAGUAACUAUCAGCUGGAAGAGUUGGAGAGGGCCUUCAUGAAAUCCCAUUACCCAGAUGUGUUUACCAGAGAGGACCUUGCAAUGCGGCUGGACCUAACUGAAGCAAGAGUGCAGGUUUGGUUUCAAAAUCGAAGAGCAAAAUGGAGAAAACGUGAGAAAACAGAACUAUUAGGUGCGAGCCCUGCCUUCCAUGUCAGACAUCCUAUGGGGCUGUAUCUUGAUUUUCCUUUAACCCCCAGUCCUCUUAUAGACCCUAUUUGGAGGACACUACCUCUUUCAACAGUGACAGCACCAUCUGUUUCACCUCCAUCCAGCACAGCAGGCCUAGGCUCACUCGGCCCUAUGUCCUGGACAUCACUUUUCAGACACCCUGUUCUCAAUCCUUACUUUGGAAGGUUCCUUGGUGUUCUAAACCCAUUGCUCAGCACAUCUUCCCUGCUUAUAAAAAACCCAUCUGCUGCUUCUGGACCUGAGCUGCCGAUCUUUAGUGAUCCAUCGACCAGCGACUGGAAAUCACAGUCUAGUGUUGGAUCUUUGAGACUCAUAUCUAAUGAGCAGUCUGAACAAGUACCCACAGUAGGCAUCAUGCCCAGUUUUCCCAGUGGCAACUGAAACUUAUGGAAAUAGCUGCCAAAGUGCCUAUAUCAGAGUUUUGAUCUGAAUUCCUGAAGAUAAUGCACACAAAAUACACUAAAUCAGUAAGCCACUUUAUAGACAUCUAGGCCCGGAUUCAGAUACAUCGGCGCAUAUUUUUGCCGUAACAUAGAGAGGCAA